GAUUAUUUGUGAUUUUAGCAUGGUAGACUAAAGUACAACGUCGCUCGCACGCACGUUCGCUCGUUUGCUAGCUUGUUUCGUCGUAGUCUCGUCUUUGAAGCAAGCAACCAAAAAUUUUUGCGUAAAGCACUCACUAUUAGUAGCUCGACACAUAAGCCUAGCUGGCCGUCAGUAUAGUAUGACAACGCGUGUAUAUUCUUCAUUAAAAAAAACGCGCGUACGUGAUUCUUUCUAUUAAAUAGCAACGCUACAAAAAACAUAAAAAUAAAAUAUUUUGCCGAAAAAUAUUUAUUCAAAGGAAGUAAGCAAGUAAAGUGUAGCAAAUGAGAAGAAAUACAAAAAUGAGAAAAGCAAAAAAUCGGGCAUUUGGAAAAAGAUAUUUGAGAAAAAAUGUGAGUUGAAAAUUGUUGAUGAAAAUAACAGUUGAAAAGUGUGUAAAUGAAAUUAACUUUUUGGAAAGAAUAAAAUAAAUUGUGUCUGGUGUGACUGAAAGUGGGGUUUUGGAAAAACCAAGUGAAUUUUAAUACAAAAACAUUGAAAAGAUUUGAACAAAUUUACCGCUCGCAAAACGAAACCAGUAUAUGCGUGAUGUGAAAACAAGCAUACCAGUGACAGCAACGAACUUUGUAUGGAAUUUUGUGUGACUACCAAUAUUUAAGUAUUACCACAAGAAACUAGUGCAAUUUGUUAUUUCUUCAUCGACAGAAUUCCCACUUACUUAGAUGCAACAAAAAACGCGCGCACUCUUCGCCAAGCAAUUAUAAAUUAAGAAGUAAACCAAAGUCAAGUGUAACAAGCAAGCAAUAAAUCAGCAGCAAUGCAACUCUAAUACGUGCAGCAGAAAUUCCAAUUGCAGCAUCUCAACAAUAAUCACAACAAUCGGAUUUCCGCAUAGAGGUGUAAACAAAGCGGCAACAAGAAGCAGAUAGACGACCCAGCAAGUAAUUUCUGUGGUAAAUAAGCGCGCAAAACCACGCACAAGUGCAGCAGCGCAGCAGCAAUAAUAACAACAACAGCAACCGCAACUAGAACGGCGCAAGUAAAGCCGCAGCACCGCCAAUAAACAAGUGUAAUAAAACAGUACGCGCCAUAAGUAGGCAUACGCACACUUGUCAGCAGAGCAGGAGCAGCAUACAUCAUUAUAGUGAAAGAGGCAUGCAACUCGGGCCUAGAAUAGCAAGAAGAAGCAGCAGCAGAUGUGAAAUGCAUUGACAAACAAAAGAAAGCAAGUGCAAGAACAAACACACAAACGGUGAUAAUUGCCAAUAGCAACAACUUUAGUGGACAAUUAAGACAGAUAGCACAACAAAAGCAACAAAAAGUAUUAUUAGAAACACUUAUACAAAAACAAAAGAAACAAAAAGAAUUUGUGACUGCAGGAAGAAGCCACAGUUCCCACAAAUCUAUGCAAAUUAACAAUUUAUGAUUUCUUGGGGAAAAGCAACAACAUCAAGUAGCAAGAAGCCACAGUAGCAGCUGGAGAAGCAACAGGAUUGCAUCAACAUUUCUAAGGAGCAGUGGCAUAGAGAUUUUUAUUAUUUUAUAACAAUAAUGUGCACUGAGAUUAAUUCAGCAAUGGGUCUUCAAGCUACAGCCGCUACCAAGCGGAAACACGAGAUAACAUUCGAUGCCAAGGAUGCCAAUACAUAUACCAACAGUCCGCCUCCCAUCAAGACAAGCAAAUGGUCAAUUAAUAACAACAACUACAUCGAAGCCAUUGAGGAACAGCAAUUGAAUGGCAACAACAUUAAAGAUGCAUCCGCCAAUUUGCGGGCGUUAACGCCCGGCUCAACAGAAGCCACUAAAGGCCUAACAGUGAAUAACAACAAUAUAAAUAGUAGUAGUAUCAGCAGCACUAAUGGGCUCCUUAAUAGUAUUAGCAAUGGUAAAGAAGUUACUAAAAACGCCGAACACACCACACCUCACUCAAGUACCCCUUCAGCGUCCCCCUCUAUAUUGGGCACGACAACAGCGUUGCCACUAAUGGUCGCAUCGUUGUUGCCUAUGGCCAGUGAGAUGGCCGCCAUAACACCAUUGCCUCCAACCUCCACCACUCCCGUCCCAGAAGACAGUAUUGCCAAGUUGGAGGAGGUUGCCGCCGUACCCUGCUGCGAGCCAUGGACUAACGUUGCCACGGAACCGGUCGACUGCAUUUCCAAACUGCAAGCUGUCGCAGUACCAAGCGAUCCUUGGGGCAGUAUUGCGACGCGCUCUACACUGGCGACAACGCUGCUCAGUGCAGAUGAGUUGGACGAUGAUGACGAUGAUUUCGAGGAUGACUACGAGGAGGAAGAGAGUAUAAUACCCACAUACUGCCCUUUGCGUUAUAAUUCAUUUCCGCCACCUCCUACAACACCCACCGCAUCACCACAUCAACAACAGCGACUCGGCAGCUAUGCGCCCGCUCCGCACGGUUACGGCUCGCGCCCCAACUACUAUUCAGAGCCAUACCCACAGCAGAACUGUUCGCGCACUGGCAGCCCGCAGCAUAUGCGCAUGGCUGCCGGCAAUGGUUUUACGCAAUGGCAAAGCACCGGCGGCCCUGUUAGUGGCGGCCAACAAUUUUAUGUGCCACCCGAGGCAGUGUACCCGCUACCCCAGCAGCAGCCACCGCAACCACCACAGCAACAGCAGACAAUACGCUGCGCUGAGAAUGGAAAAUCGUAUUUAGAACUGGGGUGCAGUAGUCCGGCGCCCAAUGUGAGCAGCAUUAAUACCGCCGCCGUCGUGCCACCACCAACUUUCGGCAAUCUGCAUGUGGCUGCCGCUACUCUCGACGCACGGCAUCCACUAAAACGCUGCUGCGACGGCCGCGGCACAUGGUGCAACACAAAUAAGAAUUGCUACAAGGAACUACGGCUUAAGAUACGCAACCUGUCCAUGUUCAAGUUGUCGCGCUUCCGACAAGUAUCUGAGCAAUCGCUUUACCGUUCGGUGCUCAUCUGCAAUACAUUGAAGCGCAUCGAUCGCGAAAUCGAAACUGAAGCUAAAGAGAUGCAUCAAGCAGCGGCACAGGCUGCUGCCGCUCAACAGCAUCAGUACCAUCAGCAUCUACAUCCGCCUCAUCAUUUGCAGCAUCAUUUGGUGGGUCCACAACAGCCACCUCAACAGUUGUUGGUCCCACAACAGCCGCACACGAUGUUGCACCAGCAACACCAGGACUAUGCACCACCAGUGAUGAACUGCGCGCGUCUGUCCAACAUGGAUUAUCAGGUGCAACAUCAGCCGUCAACACUGCUACAACAGCAACCACCGCAGCAUUUUUCCCAACAUGUACCGCACUACCAAAAUCAGCCAGAACGCCUCGACACGCCACCGCCAUACUUGAGCGCACAACCACAACAACUGCAAAAGCUCGGCGCCGGCUUCCCAAUAAAUAAUAGUCUCAGUAGUAUUAAUAUGAACAAUUGUGAUUCUACGUCGUUAGCGGCGUCAUCUGCAACCGCGUCAUUGCUUCCUUAUGAUCACUAUCCCUUCCGGGAAUCACAGUCUGGCCGUGCAACGCCAUUUCCCUGCCAACCAGUAAUGCCGCCCGCACCGCCAUCGCCCACACAAACGCCAUCAACGACGCAAACGCAGUUGCUCCCAGUUACCACAACGAUGAGCGCGCCUAGUUCAGCCGCGACGCCAACGCACAACAUAACAACCACAGCGGUGCCAACAAACGCGUCUAGCAGUGUAAUAACAACACCUCUUGCGACCACAACAACAUCCAUUAGUACCACAGACAGCAGUGAUUCCGGUUACGCGGACGAAGACUCCACACGUUCAAUCAACUGGAGUUCGGUACUCAGUUUAUCGUCCCAAUCCGCGCUAGAUCCACUCAACAAUAACGACCUCUUCGCCAUAUUACCGCCUGCGUUAUCGAUAACAAACCCAGCCACCGCCACGCCUGUACCAGUCACAGCCGCCACAACAACAAGCGUCAGCGCGACGGAUAGCACAAUGCAAACGCCUGCUGUCGCCAUCAGCGGCACCUUCACCACCGUGCAAUCAACAUCCGCCUCCAGUACUAGCACAAGUGCAUUAGCCUCAAGCAGUAGCAGCAGCACAGCAUUCAAUACAUGUACCUCUUCCUCGACGGCAACCUUCACAACGCUCUCGACUAUCUCAUCGGCGACGCAUUCGCUCACCUCAUCGUAUGUGAGUAGCAUAAGCGCCAAUGCAGCAGCAGCCUCAGCAUCCUCAACAUGGGAAUACGGAUUUCUCGAUAUGGAAUUCGGUUUGGGUUCCGAAUUCACCGAAUUGGUGCCCAGCUGCAAGUUAAGCUCUGACGAACUCUUCAAGAGCAGUUUAACGCCAGUAGUGGCGGCGUCACGUUACUCCUCCGUGCACGAUAACGAGCUGGAACAACCGGCACACAUCAUGGUCGGUAGUUAGUAUCAAUUGUAAGGUAGCAGAACGAUGCAGGAGACGUGGUGCCGUACGCUGUACUACUGCGACGGCGGAACGUACUGCAACGCCAAUAGGUGGCCUUGCUGGUGUUUAUGACUGCUAAUGGCGCCAAGCGCAUGGUGCGCAUGGAGCGCAUGGGAUACAUGGUGGCAACAUCAGCGUUGAGCAAUGGAACAUUGCAAGCAGCGGAAACACAACAGCCGACUAUGUUUAACUGUAUAUACAUAUGUAGAUGAGUUCCGUUUUGGAAUGAAGAAAUCGCUUUGAACGAUUCGUUUCAAAUUCUUUGUAUUGCAAAAAUUUUAGUUAAAACUAAAUAAGUUCGCUUAAGUGUAAAAUGCUCAGGUUGUGAACUUUUCGUUUCGGAACUGUAUGGAAAUUGUGUGUGCAACAAAUGGAGAGCAAGAAAGCGGCUGGGACGCAUAGUUCGAAAGAAAUUGUCACUUGCUUUGGCUGUAAGAAAAUGUACUUAUUGAUGAAAUACAAAUACUUAAGCUUAGGUUUAAUAAGGGCUUACGAAAAUGUAGAACUCAAAUAUUUCUAAUUUGCAAUGGUUUCGAAAAUAGUUUUGGAUGUACAACAACUAUUAGAUUUACAAAUAUUGAGAAUAUCAUCGAAUGUUAGCAUUUUUCCGAUACAACAAUAGUAGUUUUUGUACUCGAUUUAGUUUUAAACUACG